UAUUCCAAUGUCACUUCUCGUUGAAGACCGUCGAGUUCUGUUAGCAUCAUUUUAGUGUGUACCGAAAAUGGCGUCAACGGAAAUUGAAUUCGAAGAUAUAAUAGAAAAAUUCAAACUUUUCUCUCCUUAUCAUUUAAAACUGGUUGUUCUGCUUGCCUUCGUCAGUUUUAUUGACGCUUGGCAUCGUGCUAAUUACAUUAUGGUCGUCGAAGAUGUUAAUUACUGGUGUAAAUACGAAUGUAAUGAAAGCCAGUUUCUUAAAGUUAUUCGUAACGAAACUAAUCUAGACAGAUGUUUGAAGUACUCAAUUACUGACAAUUGCGCUUUCGAUGACCUUAAAGAAAGAAGCAUCGAAACCUGCCAUGACUGGACCUAUGAGAAACCUGACAGUUUUAUGGGUGAAUUCAAACUGGGAUGUCAGGAUUGGAAAAGAACGUUAGUGGGGACUGUCCACAGCAUGGGUCUUUUGAUCGGCUUACUCAUUAUAGGACCCCUGUCUGAUAAAUACGGCCGAAAAGCCAUAUUUAUACUCUGCGGAAUAAUGGGUGGCAUCGUUGGGUUAGGCAAAAGCAUAACGGCGUGGUACUGGAUUUAUGUAGCACUGGAGUUUGUUCAAGUCUUAAUCGGAACUCCGUUUUCGGCAGCUUUUACACUGGGGAUAGAGAUGGUACCGAAACGUAACCGCCUGCGUUUUCUUGGCCUCGUUUCAUCUUUCUUCGGUGUCGGCGACAUCACCCUCGCUCUACUAGCUUGGUCAGUACCGUACUGGAGGAACCUCUUGAGAGUCCUUUACGCACCAUCUUUCAUCUUCUUAAUUUACAUCUUCGCAAUGGACGAAAGCAUUCGAUGGUUGUUGAUAAAGGGAAGAAAAGAAGAGGCAAUUAAUAUCAUACAGAAAGCAGCUAAAGUGAAUAAAAUCCACAUCAGCAAUGAAGAUCUGCAUCGUAUGAAAAGCGAGAAAACGUCAAAAAACACGGGCCUUCUGGACCUGUUGAAGAUAACGAUGAAAUCGAGGAAGUUGUUGCUGAGGACUCUGAUGUGUGUUUUGAUGUGGAUGACGUCAUCUUUCAGUGUUUAUACUCUAUUAAUCAAUUCCGUCAAUUUGGCUGGAAAUAAAUACUUGAAUUACGGUGCUGUUGCUUGUGCUAGUUCAAUGGCAGUUCUAUCGGGAGGUUUUUUAAUGGAAAAUCUCAAACGAAGAGUUCCUCUUAUCACCGGGAUGGGUAUGACUGGUCUUAUUUUUAUAAUUCAGUCAUUGGUUCCUAAAGAAUAUUCUUUGUUGGCUGCCGUAUUAUUUUUUAUCGGCAAAUACUUCUCAGCACUGGCAUUCUUAUUUAUUUAUUUGUACACUUCAGAAUUAUUCCCAACGUACACGAGAAAUACUAUGCAUGCAUUUUGUUCUUCUGUCGGUAGAAUCGGAUCCAUUUUAGCACCUCAAACUCCACUACUGACACAAUAUUGGUCGGGCAUUCCUUCCAUGCUAGUGGGGUCCCUGUCUUUGAUCACAGCCAUCGCUAUCUUUCUUGUUCCUGACACAUCUGAGGAUCCGCUACCAGACACGGUGGAAGAGGCUGAAGCUAUCGGACACAAAAAGAACAAUAUCUCUACAUCAAGAGUUACAAUAAUUUCAUCAUGUUGUUAAAACACUUACCUAUUUAUUACCUACAUAUUUUCCAAAUCAACAGAAUUUAUGAAAACUUUUAAUUUUACGAAACAAAAUUGUGACUUAAUUAAAACAG